UGCUUUGCUCCUCUUAGGUCAUUCUGACACCCUUUGACAAAUGCCAGAAACAUCCGUAUGAGCUCUUGGAACAUUAUGGAUGAAAUUCAUUCAAUUCAGAACUGGGCAAGGUACAAUGCUAAGCUGCGUACUCUCCAGCAGACUCUGGGACUUCCUUCACUAGAAAAGGCAAAGAAUAGUGAUUGGGAAAAGGGCCAAAGGUGGAGCAGGUACAAUGAUCAAGUGAAUACUCUGCAACAAAAACUUGGACUCCAAUCACAUGACUUCAAAAGGCAUGGAAUGUUUGACCAAGCAUCUACUCCACUUGCAGCUCCAGCAGCAGCGUUUCUGCCCAGCAAGCAGUAUACGACUGGGUGGGCCCUGUCAAAGGAGGUUCUGAAAUACUUUGGACCUGGAGCAUAUGAAACAAUGAUACAAAGUUACUGUGAAGGUUCUGCGCAGUAUGCUGCUGCCUCUCCUCCAAGACAAGAGACGAUUGACAGAAUUUUGAUCAGAAGAAACAUUGCACGAGCAGAACAGCAACAAAAUAAUGACAAAGCUAUCAGAAAACUAAAUGACAACAAAGAGCAUUUAAGGAAAGCAAUUAAGACUUUGGAAAUGCGGAAUGAGUUCUUCAGAAACGAAAGAACCAAUGUCUUUCAGCCCGAGACACCCCCUGCAGAGCAACAUCCAACUGACCCCAGGCAAGAAAAUGAAAUCAUAAAACCAACUGGGACCGAUCUUCUAAAGGACCUUGACAAUGAUCAUUUAUUUCUUGAUGAAGUUGUAGAGGAAGUUCUGAACAGACAUUUAUCACUUGCACCCAGAAAGAUGUCUCCAGGCACAGAAAAAAAGCAUAAAAAGCUCAUGUCAGAAAUGUUCAUGGAUCGGGCUGUCCAGCUCAUUACCGAGGAAAUCAUUCUUGAGACAACAAUGCAGAUGUCUAAGCACCUUGCAACUGAUGCCAUCAAGAGAAUUGCAUUGAGUUCAGAAUUUGGCUCAAAAUUCUAUUCUACAAAGGUUCAAGAUUAUUUAAAAGAAGCAAAACCUUUAUAUUUUUAAGGUGAUAUAAGUUAUCAUAGUGUACUGUAAUAUCUAAUACAUUAAAUUAGCAACUGUGACUCAUUUCUAUAUUAUUAAAUAAAAAAAUCUAUGUUGUCUGUU